CGAUCAGUAUUCAGUUAGUUCGCGAUCGUCUCAGUGUCAAUACGGGUUUGCAAACACUUCUCACCAUUGUUAGUCGUUGUUUUGUUUUCUUUUUUUUUGUCGACCCACAGCUGAUAGCUGCGCAACUUCGGGGUCACCAACGGCCACGGCGCCUCGCUGGCGAAGGUCUCGCAAAGCACCGGUCGGUGGAUGCAAGCGAUCGUAAUCAGUGUUAAUUACUUUCACUUACUGCUUGUUGCGUGAUAUAUAACACUUUCGAGAAGAAGUUAAAAGUGAUAUUUGUUAAAGUACUCGCCGGCCAUUAUGAGGGCGUUUAAAUUGAUCUGCUUCGGCGCAAUUUUUUUAAUUGCUUUUGCUUCGCUUACAGAUGCUCAAUGGUUCGGUAGCAAAAAGAAGAAGGAAGAAGACCCGAACGUUGCUCUACUCUCGUAUACUCCGGUAGAUCCAGACUCGGUUCCACCGCCCGUGGUUGUUACUUCAACUACGACUAGUACCACAACUCCUGCGCCUACUACUACUAAAAAGAAGGGAUUCUUUGGUGGACUUUUCGGUGGAAGUAGUAAGAAGGACAAGGAGGCUACAUCGACUACUACAACAACGGCAAAGCCAACUACGACUUCAACAACAGUUGCAAGUACAACGAAAAAAUCGGGUGGCUUCUUCGGAGGCCUCUUCGGCGGAGGUAAAAAGGACAAAACUAGUACUACAGUUGCACCCAGCACAACAAAAGCCACGCCAACAUCUACGGCCAAAUCAGUUGUUUCUUCCACGGUAGCCUCUCCUACUGUGAGUACAAUCAAAUCUCCAACUGCCAAGGAUGUGCCGAUUCCUUCAGUUCCGACGACGGCAGCUUCUGCACCUAAACCUCCAUCAGUCCCACCCAAACCUGUGUCAUCAACUCCUACAUCUGCCUUUCCUCCGCUUCCACCGAAACCGGGCAGCCCAACACCGGCAUCUGUCCCAACUUCAACCAUAGCUAGUGCCUGGAAUAAACCACUUCCGAAGGAUCCAGUGGGUACUCCAGGCGUAAGCUUUGUACCAACACAACCUCCAGCACCCGGUGCUUCGAGUAGAGGAACAACUCCGAGAUACAGCGAAGGACCAACGGCAACCGACGAAGAGCUGGCUACCCUAUCCGAGCAACUGUUCUCCAAGGAAAAUAGUCAACUGACCAAAUACGUCCGUGCUAACUACCAACGUCAAACACUAUCCUCGUCUACCCUGGAUGAAGCACCCGAACCCUUCCUCUCCGUCGAUGAACGCCAAGUCUAUGCCGUUCCGACGAUCGAGAAAAUGCGUGCUCUGUUCAAUAACUACGAACUGGACACGAUGGUCAACGAGCACGUAACUGCGAUGGAGAAGAAAGAAGAGAACGACUUCGUAGACGCACUGCUUGCGACGAACGUAAUGCGAAGUGCCAUGCUAUUCCUGCAGAAGAAGGGUGUGGUGACUGCAGAUCCAAAGACACACCACGAGCUGCUAAAGACCAUCUGGUUCAAUCUGUACUCGCGAGGAAACGGCAAAAUAGGUAGCAGCGGGUUUGAGCAUGUUUUCCUAAAUGAAAUCAGCAACGGGACGAUGAUCGGACUGCACAACUGGUUGUAUCUGUACGAACAGGAAAAGGCUGGUCAUCUCGACUAUCAGGGUUACCUGAAGAAGUUUGAUCUUGGAAGUAAAGGAGAAAUCGCUAAAGUCCGGCUGACCUUCGACAAGUUACCGAAGCCAUCCAACUCACUGUUUGUGGCCACCUCCCCGGAGCUGGAGUUCGCUCUAUACACGGUGUGCUUCCAGAUGCGAGCCGACACCGAGUGUCCGCUGGCGUACAAUGGGAAAAAGUUCACCAUCAAAACGUUCACGUUCCGCUACCGGGGCAAGAAUCUGAUUGGUGGUGCUUGGCCUAAUUUCUAAAACUUCUAGCAGGAGUCUGACGAAGAGCGCGAAACCUUCUCUAUAAGGCGUAAUCAUCUCUGUAUAUUUUGUAAAAAAUGGAAAUAUAUGCACCGAUUAAACUGCUCAGUUAA